AUGAAUGGCAACAUCAGCCUGGAUGAAGACUUGCAGAUAGAUGACGGUGUUCAGAAAAAUGACGUCAUCACUCUAGAUGAUGAGCCUUACACUGUUCCACCGGAGGAAAAAGAAAUAGAUCGGACUCCGACCCCUGUGCCGCCAGAACUCAAGAAUAUUUUGAAAAACUAUGAUACUCUUCAAGACGUGGUGAACGAUGAACAGAUGUCUCGAUGGCUUGAUGGGGAAUUCCGAUUCUAUCAGUUUUUUCAUCCGUGUAGACAAGAAAGAAUCACAAAUUUUCCCCUCAAAAUAUCCCCACAUUUGAUAAUCGAAUAUUUCGAAAUGAAGCGGAAGCAGGUUUUUGAAAACGAAGCAGCACCGUAUGGCCACAGGGGCCAACUUUUUGCUCUCUAUAAUCUAUUUCAAAAUGAGCCCAACAUCGACAACGUUGACCUCGGAAGUUUUGAGAAAAGCCAUAAAACAUCAAAGGGCCAUGUUAAAGAGUACUACAAAUGGAGGAAACAGAGGGAAGAGGAAAAUAGCAUGGAGAGGGUCCGCCCUUGGGUUGAAGCUAUCCCGCUAAAUGGCAACAUCAGUUUGGAUGAAGAUUUCCAGAUAGAUGACGAUGUUCAGAAAAAUUACGUUAUCACUCUAGACGAUGAGCCGUACACUGCUCCACCGGAAGAAAAAGAAAUAGAUCGGACUCCGAGCCCCGUGCCACCAGAGUUAAAAAGCUUUCUGAAAAGUUAUAAGACCUUGCAAGACGUUGUCGAAGAUGAACAGAUGUCUCGAUGGCUGAAUCAGGAAUUCAGAAACUAUCAGUUUUUUCAUCCAACCAGACAAGCAAACUUUGAAAGUUUUCCUCUCAAGAUAUCUCCACAAUUGGUAGCCGAAUAUUUCGAAAUGAAACGAAAGAAAAUUCUUGAAACAAAUAAGAAUCCGUAUGCGCUCAACAACCAACUUUAUGCUCUCCAUGAACUAUAUCAAACUGAAUCCAACAUCGAAAACGUGGAUCUCGGAAAUUUUGAGAAAAGUCAAAAAAUAUCAAAAGGCUAUAUCAAGGAAUACUACAAAUGGAGAAAGCAGAUGGAAGAGAAAAAUAAAAAAGAAACAGAGGUUCCAGAAAAACCAGGAGAAGAAGAAAAAUAUGAAAGAGCGGUUAAGCAAGAGCCAAUAAAUUGA